AUGAGUGGCCCACGUUCAACUAUAGCAUUUCUUACGUGCUUAUUCCUCCUAUUCCUUUUGCUUUUCUCCACCUUCUGUAGGGCUGAGAAUCCAGCAAGUGUACGCAAUAAUAGUUCAUUUGAGGAACUAGACUUGGUUUCCUUCAUAAACUCGCGGAAUACACAGCAUGACAUCGUGUUCAAGGAAGCAGUACAGUUGCUAGAGUCAAUGAGGUCGUCCCCUUCCUGCAACCGGAUCGCAGCUUCCAGGCUUGUCACCUCCUGCCAGUCGAUUGGGAAGAAGACAGAUAAUAUAGACCCUGAGACCUAUAGAGUGUUGGAACAUACUCGAUCGUUGUAUGCAGCAAGACUCGCUAUCUGCGAACUCAACGGUGCCGGAACCCAUAUCCCUAAUGCCUGUCUUCCAGUGACCUUCCCAUCCCCACAAAAGAAAGGGAUCUUUGGGUUCUCCUUAAAGAGUGAAAUCCCGGUCAAUAAUGUGGACAGUAUUUCAGUCCAGUUGUUGGAGUCCUGUCUCAAAUCGCUGGAGUCACGACCUCAAUGGUGGACUUCUUAUAGCAACAGUAGGCAGAACGCUUUCGUAAUAUGUCAAGCUGCGAGAGUUGAGAACGAAAAGGAAGAAUUAUUGAACCUCCAUAGGUCAGUAGUCGAGGGCUCUAACAAACUCAAUCAGGGCCUUCAAGAAGCCUUGCGGACAGCUGCUGCUGAAUCUUUACAGCACAGAGCUUUCGUCAGUGAGAUUGCAAGUAUGAAUGACAGGCUGGUUCACGACAUGGAAGAAACUCGCUCGCACCUCAAGACUAUGAUUGAAAAAGCCUUUUACGAGAUUGAAGCUAGGGCCACUUCGGUCGUCAAUACCGUUACCUCAGUGCUCGGAAGGAUACAAGCUGGGGCAACAGAUCUAGAUAAGAAUAUUCAGAAUGCAUCCGCCAAGGUUAACAAGCUGCAAUACACCUUUCAAGAUCUUCUGGACGAAGUGCUGUACGCAAAUGAACAAGUUACAAUAGCACAUCGAGAGAAUGCUAUAUCGCACAACGAACUCGCAUUCUCCCUUCGAUCGAAGUUAGAAUCAUUAUUGCAAGAUGAUAUGACUAGAUUACUUCAUAAUCUUGAGGCAUUCGAUUCUUCAUUGGAAUGGCUCUCUGGAAGAUUCGGGCACCUUUCUGAGCAAGAAAUGAGUAUAUCCGAGCGUCUGCGAACUUUCGAUACAUCAUUGAAAGAGCUUCAGUUGAGAGCCGAAAAUCUACACAAGGCGCAGUUGCAGCACUCUGAAACUGUCGAGUCCCAAUCAAGGUUACAAGAGAAACUACAAGCCAGCGUACAAAUUUCACAAGCUUUACUUGACAAAGCAGCCGCAACUGCAGCCAAUUUGCAGGCGAUGAUCGAUGAAACAUCCUCGCGUUAUAAAGACUCCCAUGCUCUAAGGCCACUUUUUAGCACAUACUCCUCGUGGACCUUUUUUGGUCUUCUUCUGAGUCUCAUAGCAUCUCACAACGUGAAAGUUGCUUUCGCAAUGCUUAUUAUUGGUGCUUGUAGGUACCAGUACCCACAGCUAAUAUCCUACAACUAA